AUGGUACCCUAAGCACAAUGCCUGCAAUAGCCUCUGAAUCGAACCUUCAGCACGCCCCUCAUUCCUCACACACAGACCCUGGAAAACAGAACCCGGCCAUUCCUUCUGCAUGGGGACCAAAGCUCCCACCUCUACCCCCUACCUCCCUUCCUACAGCCAGCACUAACGAAAGCACACACGAGACCACUGGACACCCAAAACAACACACCACCUCGGGGGCCCUGUGCUUACCUCCCUGCAGAAAUGUUCCACAAGCCAUGCACCGCUCGACCGGGCCCACUAUGGAAUGUAAUGCUGCCUCCUGAGGAUAUCCGAUCACUGACCAUGCCCUGGCGUUACUAUAACCGCACUCGGACGCCUUUAAGGGGUGGGAUGCAAGCCUCUCAUGAGGUCUAA